GCGGGCCCGGCCCGGCCGUAGCGGAGCGCGGAGCGGCGGCGGAAGGGGGGCCAUGGCCGACCCCAGCCACAUCCAGUCGGCCGCCUCCAAGAGCAUCCGCCCCUUCCGCUCCAGCGAGGAGUACCUGGAGGCCAUGAAGGAGGACCUGGCUGAGUGGUUCAACACCCUCUACGACCUGGACAUCCAGGUGGACACCUUCCUGGAGAGCCUGGAGACGGGAUGUCACCUCUGCCGCCACGCCAACAACGUCAACCGCACCGCCCUGGACUUCCAGGAGCGGCACCCGGAGGCGGCCGCCCGCAUGAGGGUGCCCCAGAACGAGGUGGUCUUCCAGGCCAAGAACGUGGUGCCCGGCUCCUUCAUCGCCAGGGAUAACGUCUCCAACUUCAUCCAGUGGUGCCGGCAGGACCUGGGCAUCCAGGACGUGCUCAUGUUCGAGACCAACGACUUGGUGCUGAAGAAGAACGAGAAGAACUUUGUCCUCUGCCUGCUGGAGGUGGCCAGGAGGGGCUCCAAGUUUGGGAUGCUGGCCCCCAUGCUGAUCCAAAUGGAGGAGGAGAUCGAGGAGGAGAUGAGGGACCAAAUGGCCGACGGCGCGCUGGGCACGCGCCGGGAGAGCCGGGACCCCCAUGCGGGCGCCUACCCCAGCCGGGCCCGGCCCAUCACCCUGUGCGACCUCAAGAACCUGGACGAGCUGGUGCGGGAGAUCCUGGGCUGCUGCUCCUGCCCCUCGCAGUUCCCCAUGGUCAAGGUCUCGGAAGGGAAGUACAAAGUGGGCGACUCCAACACGCUCAUCUUCGUCCGGGUGCUGAGGAGUCACGUCAUGGUGCGGGUGGGCGGCGGCUGGGACACACUGGAACAUUACCUGGACAAGCACGACCCGUGUCGCUGUGCUGCCCUCGCUCACCGCCUGCCCCAGCCCCGCACCCCGGGCAUGUCCCCCCAAAAAGCAGCUCCCGGCACCUCCUCGUCCCGCGCCUCCAGCCCCAGCACCCCCCGGCGCCCCCGGCCCGCCGGACCCCCCCCGGCCGGGGCGGAGCGGGGUCCCCAGCCCCGGGGGGACGCCCCGAAGCCCCUCAAGCAGGAGGGUUUGCCCCCCCGAGGGGCUGCAGCCCCCCGCUCCGGCUCCGGCAGCCCCUCCAGGAGCCCCGCGGAGCCGCGGGGAGCGCUCAGGUACGGCCCCCCCGGGGGACCCCAAAACCGUGCCCAGACCCCGCGGACAGGACGGGCAGGGAUGGGGGAACGGGGGCUGGGGGCGUUAAUGGGGAAACCAUCGGGGGCACUGGGGGGACAGAGGCUGCGGGCCCCGCGCUGGCUGGAGCCCGGGCAGGAGCAGCGGCUGUUCCAGCGGCUGGAGGAGGAAUUCCUGGCCAACACGCGGCUGCUGGAGCAGCUGGGGGACACGGAGAGCGCUCCCCCCGGGCCCCCCGCCACCGCUGACUCGGCCUAUUGCUCCUCGUCAUCCUCGUCUUCCUCGCUGAACGUCUUCGCCAAGCACGGGCUGCCCGCCGAGGACGGGCGGCGGGGCGGGAACAGCGAUGGGAACAACGGGAACAACAGCGGGAACAACAACGGGAACAAUGGGAACAACAACGGGAGCAACAACGGGAACAACGGCGGCUGCCCCCCGCUGCCCUCCAACCCCACCCUGGCAGAUGCGAGGCGCCGCUCCACCUUCUCCAGCUCCUCCGACGAGAGCUGCUGCUUCCCGGCCUCCUGGGACAACCGGGAGACAGCGGGGAACCCGGGCUCCGACACCGACUGGGCCACCGGGGAGGACGAGCUGAUGGAGAUGGAGGAGAGCCCCGGGCCCCCUCCGCGGCCCUGGGCCAAGCCCCGGCUGGACACGCAGCCCCACAAGGCGCCGUCCCGGAUCCCCACGCCCCGGGGCUACGGGACAGGCGCCCAGCGGGCCCCGAACGGCAACCCCAGGGCCUGGGGGGCUCUGCAGAGCGUCCCCCCUUCCCUUCUGGAGCCCCCCUGGAACCCGCGGGAGCGCGGGGGGCUGGAGGAGAACGCGUGGCCGUGAGGGGUCGAUGGCCAUGGCAGCUCCUGGUGGCUCCUGGGGACAUCCCCGAGCUGCUGCGGGGGGACUGAGGUGGCUCCUGUGUGGAGGUGCCCGGCCAGGCGAUGGCCACAGAGCUGGGGUGGCCAGGACCUCUUCACUUGGUGGCUGUUGGCGUUGGGGUGGGACCUGCAAGGAGCCCCCAGCCAGGCCCAGAGGGUGCCAGGGGUGUCCCCAAGCCAUGGGGAGCAGCUCCACAGCGGGGACUGAGCUGGCACCUGGGAACGGGGCUGGAGAGCACUCAGUUCUUCCCUUCUUGGUCUUCAUCUCUCAUUCUUCACUUGUUUUCAUCACCUUGACCUUUUUUUGUCUUCUCCUCCUCUUCUUGCUAUUUCUUGUCAUCCUCCUCAUCUUCUCUCUCUUCUCUUGGGCUGCCUCCUCCUCCUCCUCCUCUCCUCUUGGCCUUCACCUCCUUGUCCCUCACCAUCUUCUCUUCUCGACCCUCCCCUCUUUUCUUCUUGGCCCCUUGUCAUCACCUCCUUGGCCACUUUCUCAUCUCUCCAGUCUCUUCUCUCCACCCCUGGGAUGACUUUGGGACAUGUUGGUCACCACUACCCCUAUUUCAGGGCAGGGGGGGGGUCACUCCUCCCUCUCCAGCCCCCAGCUGGCCACAGCACUGCCCACAGCUCAUGUUGAUGUCCCCAGGGUGGGACAGGGCUGUGUCCCCAGCCCGGGCCACCAUGGCCCCCACCCCUGUGGCCGUGCAUGUCCUCUCCAGCCAGUAAAGACCAACGGAGCUGAGCCCA